AUGGGAAACAAUCAUUUUUGUGGGUCUGUUCUUGGUGAUUCUGUUUCAGGGUUGAAGGAUGAUGCAGGUUUGGCUGUUGAGUGGUCUGUUGAUGAACAACGUAAGUUGGAAGAAGGAUUAUCCAAAUUUGCUGAUGAACCCAGUAUUAUGAGGUAUAUCAAAAUUGCUACCACAAUGCGUGAUAAAACUGUUCGUGAUGUUGCACUAAGGUGUAAGUGGAUGGCGCGUUUAUUUGGUAAAAAUAUUAGUAUUCUGAUUGUCGUGUGUUUUCAGGAUAAUUUGGUGGAAUCAUCCUCAAAACAAAGUAUAUCAUCAGUUCCAACACUUAAUGUGGCUCCGUUUCCUGUUACCAUGAGUAAUCGAACUCAGAUUGAUGGCAUGACUUUUGAAGCAUUAAGUGGUUCAAUAAGGCACUUACUCGAACAAAACAACCAACUUCUUGGUCAGAUCUCAGCUAAUAUCUCUCUAAUGAAAUUAGAUUAUGAUAGAGCUGCAUAUGCCCGAAACAAGAAGGUAGAUAAGGUGGCACAAAAGUUUGGAGCUGAAUAUGAGGACGUAUUAAAUGGCAGUCUUGGUUUCGGUAAAUAUGAUGAUGAUAAAAAGAUUUGA